CAACCGACUCUUCAAAUAAAUUUGUUUACUUAAAACUAAAAAGUAAAUAGUUCUUGGUUUUGUUGUGAAGUGAAGAAUGGAUUUCUCGUAUUGUGAAUUUCCCAGCACAGUCUCCAUUGACACCUUCCAGGCCUAUUUCAAUCCCCAGGAUGUCAGGCUGCCCAAAGUCAACAGUAAAUCAUUGACUCCGAUCCAGGCUGAACUUGCCGGCGAGUGCCAAGCAAAUGAAGCGAAAAGUCUGCGACAUCUUGUUCUCGAUGCCAUCGUCAACAAUUGGAGUGAGCUGCCUCUUUACCGUCAGCUGCCACGACGACAGGACCGUAACUACAUACUCAGUCAGCUGGAUACGCAGCUACCGCUGCAGUUGCUCAGCACUCACAUCCGGGAUGAUUGCUUCUGGCAGCGUUGCUAUGAGCUGCGCUGGCGUUUGGCAACGCUACAGGCGAGGGGCAAAGAGCGUCGCUGGAUUAACAUAUACAUGGAGCGACAUGUGCAGGAGUUUAUUGAAAAUAUGCAAACCGGCGACUAUGAGCAGGAUGGCAAUGUGCAGACCGCCUUGGACAUCUGUGCGGCGUACAUAAAUCAAUUGGAGAUAAAUCUGCUGCAGCCCGCACCAGGCGACAGCGAGAGCAAUGAUCACAUUCCGCUUGAUUACCUACUGAGCAAUCUGCCGGACUUACGGCGACUGCGGCUGAGCUACAGCACCAAGACGGCGGGCAUCAAUUACCAAAUUGGCUGCAAUCAGCUAACGCCACGGGACAUUCUGCUGCUGUCCAAAGGACUCAGCCAGUGCCACGAGCUGCGCAAGUUUUGUCUGCACAACACCAAGCUGUCUGCGUAUCAACUGAGAUUCUUGGCUCAUAGCUUGGACAAGGGUUGUCAUCAUUUAAAGGAGUUAUCCCUGAUGCAUUGCGCUGUCGGAGAUGCGGGUAUACGCAGCUUCCUCGAGACCUGUGGCAAGGAAUCUUUUUCCACACUCACAGUGCUCGAUCUGACCAACAAUAAAAUCACGGAGGAAGGCGCCUACACGCUGAGCUGCACUUUGAGGCACGUGCCGCUGUUGCGCCUGGUGCUGCGCCUGAAUCCCAUACAAAGCGAUGGCGCUGCCGCCAUUUUUCAUACGCUCCAGCUGAUGCCCAUUCGAGAACUGAAUCUGGGCAACUGUGGCAUCAGCGAAACCAUCACGAAGCUCUUUAUGAUGUUGAUCUGCCAGCACAAGACACUGCUACACAUUGAUCUAUCCAACAAUUGUUUGGGCGAAGAAUUUGGCAAGCAUUUGCUGAAGAUUAUAGGCUGCAAUAAGAUGCUAGAGUCAUUGGAUUUGCGGAACACAGGACUUUCCCUGGAUAUGCGUCGCAAGUUUCGUGAAUUUCUGCUAAAGAAUGCAGAACGCAAGAAACACGAAGCCUUUAAGCAGCAGCAACGCAACAAGUUCAAGGCACUGGCCAAGAUAUAA